AAGGAUAUAAAAUCGUCCAAAGUCAAAGAGUUUUGGGACAACAGUUCUACUGUUAUGGAAGCAUUAAGAAAGGCAUCAAUUACAAAUUCAAAAAACAUAAUUCACCAAGUGUUAGGCCUGCAGACUGAUUUUAGCGAAGCACUUUCUAACACUACGCGGGAGACUAUACAACCUGCCCUUAAACGGAAGUUUAAUGAGGGAGAAAUGACCGUAGAUGCUGGCAAUAAUCCGUUUUAUGUAUCUCAGCAUGAAAAGGAUCUGAAGAAUGCAACUAAUCAGAAUGAGGAAGAUGAGAUUACUGAAUAUAAGUACUCUCAGGAAAUGUUAAAUGAAAAAGUCGAAUUGCCAAAUCAUAAAAAGACGAAAAAGAAAAACACGUCAAGGACUAAGACCCAGAAAUCGAGAAAUAAAAGUGAAAAUUCUUCCUUGCAGUUGCCUUCUUCUGAUGUAGGGCCUGAUGAUGACGGAGAAAUAAAUUUUGAUUUCACAAGUGUUGAAAUGGAGUUGUUACAGGAACAAUCAAAUGAGAUAGAAACACUUGAGAAAGCGAAGAUUUAUGGACUAAAAUGGAGUGACUUUCAUGAAGUGCUAGCAUUGUCUUCGAUAAUUGUUUUAAGCUUGCAUUGUCCUUAUCCCUCUCAUAUUUUCACUAACCGGGAAUGGCAAACGAUUAUACGUGAGAAUCCUUACAUUGUAGCUGAUUCAAUUCUGCCAACGGAAAUUUUAUCUUCUUUACGGAGUGCAUCGGCCGAUUCCUUGGAAGGAAAGACCGCCUUUUUGUCCAUAGGCGAUUCUGAAAUCGGCCGAGCUGUUUCUCGAAUCUUUAACGACAUGUGUAGCAGUGUUCCUGACAUUGCCCCGACCAAAACAUCAGAAGAUGAGCACUGUUUCAAGUUGUUACAUCCAAUCAUUCGACCACUGUUUUUUACUAGUUCAUACAAAGAGUACAAUAUUCAGUUGAAUCGUGCGACAGCUGGUACUGCAACAAGGCCGGAUUUUUCGUGCUUGGUCAAUGAAAUCCCUAUUUUGAAUUCAGAGAUUAAGCCACCCGGAUUUACACCUCUCCAACAACAAAAAGAUAGAUUGAAAGUACAAUUGCGAGGGCGUAAAUCCAUCAAUCAGCUGUUAAGAACGAAAGGUGGUCCGGAAGAAACGGCAAUGUUAACAAAUCAAGGAGAUUUGGUGGAAUCGUACGUUAUGGACCUCAAAUACGAUGGACUUUACCGGUCAUGGCCUUUUUUAACCACCCGACUGGUUAAAGAUAAAACCACCAUUCCUUUGCUUGAGUCAAACAUUCGGCACUUUAUGGCACUGGAGGAACGGAUCAGUAAAAUUGCUGAGAACUACAAUUGUCGAACUUAUCAAAAUGGCACAAGUACUCCGCCACUGCAAAUACAAUAUAUGCGAGACUUACCGGAUAGUCCGCAAAGGAAAAAGUUACUUAGAUAG